UCUCUGCCAUCUAGCGCCGAGGUCGUGAAGAACACACCCAGCCCGGAACCAAUGUGAGCGUAACUCUCCUCGUGGCGUUUAAGGGGGAAGUUGAAAGACGACGCACCAGAAAACCGGCUGAAGGAGACUUGACAGCAGAAUGAGAUCUUUACUUUCUAGGCUCAUUUCAGUACAUUUGUAAUUCAUCUGCUGUGGUUUGUGAUGUCAUAAUCAUGAACGCCCCUCGUCAGCUGUUACGGAUUCAGUGCAUUGGGUGCAUUGCACGUAUUUUGGGGAAACCUGUACAGCGAGUGAUCCUACCUACUGGAGCACAUCUGCAAACCCGUGGAUCACAGCACAACUAUGGCCAGCUUCUGAGACCAUUCCACUGCAGUGCAGUAUGCUCCACGAGUCGUCCAAGCCGGACACAGCUUGAAAAGACAGUCGAAGAUGAGACGCUUAAUAAAGACAAAAGUUUAGUCACACAUGAUGAUUUAUUUGAGCGAGCUGCUAGAGACUCAAAGACCAAGGCUGAUUUUAACAGGGUCGUGGAUGUUUUCAGCAAGAAGGACAUUCGGCGACGAGGCCACGUGGAGUUUAUUUAUGCUGCCCUGAAGAAGAUGCCAGAAUUUGGAGUAGAACGAGACAUUACUGUUUACAACAAACUCCUGGAUGUGUUUCCAAAAGAGGUGUUCAUGCCACGGAACUUCAUCCAGAGGAUGUUCAACCACUACCCACGGCAGCAAGAGUGUGGGGUACAGCUGCUGGAGCAGAUGGAGAACUAUGGUAUCAUGCCGAAUGUAGAGACCAAGGUUUUACUGGCUCAGAUAUUUGGGGAAAAGAGUCAUCCCAUGAGGAAGUACCAGCGUAUCAUGUACUGGUUUCCCAAAUUCAAGCAUGCAAACCCCUUCCCCGUCCCACAUGUGCUCCCUAGUGACCCAGUAGAGCUCGCUCGAUUCAGUCUUACCCGGAUUGCAGAUGACCUGGAUGCUAAAAUAACAAUCUAUCAGUAUCCAUCAACUGACAUCACAGAGACUGGUGAAGAAGUUAUGCGCCCCCAUAUUGUAGGUAUUCAAAGUCCAAACCAGCGCUCCCUUCUGGCUAAACACAAUCCAUGCAGGCCCGUGUUUGUCGAAGGCCCUUUCCCACUAUGGCUCAGAAAGACUUGUGUUCAUUAUUACCUACUCAGGGCAGACCCUGUACCAUCUGAGGAAAAGGUUGAGGAAGAAUUUGACCCUGAGAUGAUGGGUCCGGAGCAGAGUCUCUUCUACCCACAGCGACUGGAUCUCGACCUGGAAAGAGACAUGGGGGAUGAUUUCAGAUUCGAUGUUGAUGAUGGUGAGACUCAUACUGCUUUGUCAACUUGGUUUGAAUAUCACCAAAUAUAUACAAUGAUGUGUGUUCAUUUGUUCCUGCAGUGGAAGAGGGGCCGGUUUAUGCCAUGUGUAUGGCCGGUCAGGGAGACCAGGUCACUCUGUCUCAGUGGAUUUCAGGUCUACAGGAGACCUGUCCCAUAUUGGGUCAGAUUCCCACAGUGUUCCGACUGGAUUCUGGACCUAGAGAACUGCAAACCACAUCAGACGCACAGCAAACCCCUGAGCAGGAGGUCGAAACAGAUCAAAUUACAGAGGAGGAACCGCUACACUCACAAAGAGUAAAACAGUGAGAGUUUGCUUUUGCAAAAGCCAUGCCGAUGGAUUGUGCGUUUAACAAAGACGGACUGUGGUAGUUAUACAUGAAUCUAAUAUGAUGAAUAUUUAAUUUAGUUACCAGAUACUGAUUUUAUGUCUUGUGAAAUUACACACUGUUUUUGAAUUGAGAUCUGUUUUCAUUAUGUAGAGUUUUUCUAUGAUAUGUAACCAUGUCAUAGACUGAUUUUGCAGUACAAUAAAACAUACAUUUCUCCAA